CCCCCGCCGCUCGCCGCCAGCGACACGGUGCCCGCGGCGCCCGAAGGGGCCGGGGCGGCCCGGCCUGGCCCGCCGCCGCGCCCCACCUCCUUCCCGGUGCUGGACAUUCUGGACCCCAACAAGUUCAACAGCAGAAGACGCCGCUGUGUGCUUCUGGGCCCCGUGCCGCCCGCCGCGUGCGCCCCGUGCGCCCCGGCCCCCGCCGCCCCGGGACGCCCGCCGCGCGCAGAGGAGCUGGAGCGCCGCGCCCUCGCCGCCGCCGGAGGAGCUGGAGCCGCCACCGGAGCUGAGCCGCCGCACGCCGGCGACCCCUACAAGGCGGACGAGGCCGAGGCCAGCGGCUACAGCGGCGGCGGCGGCGGCCGCAGCCCGAGCGCGGACAGCGCGGACGAGGCGCCCGACGACGACUACGACGACGAGGCGCCCGACGCGGGGACCGCGCGCGGCGCGGAGGAGGCGCGGGGAGGCGGCGGCGGCCUCGCGGCCCGCGGGUCGG